AGAAGGCGGCAAGAACAGCUCUAUGGGGAAGCUUAAGGCGUCUUCACCAGGUGCCGUGCGGGCGUGAGCAUCAGCCCGUGCGGCGUCUGAGCGUCGCUGUGGGAAAGGACGCGGUGCCCUCCACACUGCCUAGUAAUGGUCACGCCCCGGCCCUCUCCUCCCUGAUUAGGAUAGAGCGAGAACUAAGGGUUCCCCAGGAAGAAUACCUUAUAAAGAUUAAGCACAUGAUGGCUUUUAUUGAACAAGAAGCCAAUGAGAAAGCAGAAGAAAUUGAUGCAAAGGCAGAAGAAGAGUUCAACAUUGAGAAAGGUCGUCUUGUCCAAACCCAAAGACUGAAGAUUAUGGAAUAUUAUGAGAAGAAAGAAAAGCAGAUUGAGCAGCAGAAGAAAAUUCAGAUGUCCAAUUUGAUGAAUCAAGCGAGGCUCAAAGUCCUCAGAGCGAGAGAUGACCUUAUCACAGACCUACUAAAUGAAGCAAAACAGAGACUCAGCAAAGUGGUAAAAGAUACAACCAGGUACCAAGUGCUGCUGGAUGGACUGGUCCUCCAGGGUUUGUACCAGUUGCUGGAGCCCCGGAUGAUCGUUCGCUGCAGGAAACAGGAUUUCCCUCUGGUGAAGGCUGCAGUGCAAAAAGCAAUCCCUGUGUACAAAGUUGCAACCAAAAGAGACGUUGAUGUCCAGAUUGACCAGGAGGCCUACCUGCCUGAGGAGAUAGCCGGCGGUGUUGAGAUCUAUAACGGGGACCGCAAGAUCAAGGUGUCCAACACACUUGAAAGUCGGCUGGACCUCAUAGCCCAGCAGAUGAUGCCCGAAGUGCGGGGAGCCUUGUUUGGUGCAAAUGCCAACAGGAAGUUUUUGGACUAAGCCAGCAGGAGGUGCGUGACGAGGACGCUCCCGUCAUUGGAAGAAACAAGAUGGCCUCUAUAGCUUCCUCUUUGCUGUCCCCUGCCCUUAUUUGUCAGUGGGUGCUCUUCUGUAGCUAAUGUUCUCCGACUGAUGGGUAAUGAUGGGAGUCUCAGUUAGUACAUUAAGAAACCUUCCUCUAGCUUGUCUCAAAGUAGCACAGUUCCUGCCGUUCUGUAGCGCGCAGUUGCGGGGCCAGGUGCGUGCGUGUCCCGCACCUGCUGCUGUCCUGGGCUCCACCAUCCAGCCUACAGGCAGUGGGGUGGUAGACUCAGUCCUCAAGUGCAUGUGGGCCUCAUCCCUUCCGGCAGCAGCAGCUUCUCUCCUACGUGUUUGGACCUAGAAGUGUCUGUAAAUGUGAUUUAAGGUCUAUUCCAUGAAUCUGCUCUAUUUAUUAAAAUACAAGGUGGAGGUG